UUUAGUCGUAAUAAAGAUGUUAGGAAAAUUGUUUGUGGUUUUGGUGCUCUUCGUUUACAACGGGCAUUGCCUUAGGGAGAUAAGGCUAGAAGACCGGCACUUCACUUACAUUCGGCAUGAACACUUGGGAACUAGUAUGAGCAUCCCUAAACAUUUCGAAGACACCUUAAGUUCUUGUCACGUUAUUUUCCCAAAUGGAGUGAUGUAUGAAGUUUAUCCCAGGAAUACUAUUCCACACCAAAAUGUAUUCUCUAUGAGCGGCGUUCAACCGUUCCGAAGCUGUGGUAUUGGAUUUAGAAAUGUUGGCGUGGAGUUCAGCGGUGUCUACGAGCUGCUUUCCACUGUUUUACACUCCGCGGACAACAGCUUGACCUUAACAAGACAAAGAAACCAUAUGGUUGUAAUUGAAUCUGACUUUAGAUCAGAUGCUGCAUAGGUUCGACGUUUUAUAUUUUUAUCUAAUUUCAAAGAUUUUUGGAUAUAUAUCUGCAACAUCUUCUGCUCAAGCACACGCAAUCUGUAAGUUUAAUGAAUGUCCAAAAUUGCCUCUAAGGUCGCUGUUAGGGGUAAUGCCAUAUCUGUUUGUAAUUUGUUAUUCCCAUUUUAAUAGUUUUUAUCAUUAUAUAUGGAACACUUGUUAAAACUAAACUAUUUCAGAAAAAUAUGAUAUCUAUCUAUCUCUGUAACUAAAUUAAAUCUAAAUUUU